CGACGGGAGGCUCGAGAGUCAGCGCUGCCAAAGUGGCCAUAGGGGGCGCAACAGGGACCACAAGGAACCACAGGGAUGCUGAGUGGAAAUACGUAUACGCUAAACUUUUCACAGCUUUUGUUCGCAGAAACAGCUACUGUACUCCGUACGAUAUAUCCCGUUGCUUGAAUUCUUUUUCCAGAUCAAUUGUUCAGCCAUCAAUUCCAACAUCAGCAGCAAUAUCCUCUUCUCUCGGUUCCGUCGAUUUUCUACUACUUCUUGCUGGCGGUCCAGCGAGCUUCACCUAGCCACUGUCCUCUGACAACGUUUUUCCGACUCGCUCCAAAGUGCAAUCACCAUGGCGAGAAAAGCACCAGCCAAAGAUCAGAUUGUGAAGCUCAUAGUUGGAGCCGGUCAAGCAAGCCCAAGUCCGCCUGUCGGCCCAGCUUUGGGUAGCAAAGGUGUCAAGAGUAUAGAUUUUUGCAAGGAAUUCAAUGCUCGGACGGCUCACAUCAACCCCGGCGUACCUAUCCCAGCUCGCGUUACCGUCCGGCCUGAUCGCACAUUCCACUUCGACGUACGGACCCCUAAUACUUCCUGGUUACUCCUCCAGGCGGCCGGUGUCAAGGAGAUCAAAGGCAAGAUCAAAGGAGCGAACCAACCCGGCCGACAGAGUGUUGGCACGGUUUCAUUGAAACACAUAUAUGAAAUCGCAAAGAUCAAGCAAAGUGAACUCCGCCUAUCCGGACUCAGUCUACAGAGCCUGUGCAAAAGCGUCAUCUGGCAAUGCAAGUCUAUUGGGGUCAACGUUGUGCCUUGAGGGAUGCAAAUUACUCAGAAACUUACACAGGAGCUCAAGACAUGGAAAACAAUGUUUUUGGCCGAGGACAAAAGCACGACUCCCAUCUGUACAAUGCUGUUGAUAAUGAUCAGCAGUCUCAUCAUCCCAAGUGGACAACAGGAGGCUCGGUUGAUGCUGCCUCUGGCAACUACGGCUAUGGCCUAUGAAAAAAAACCUCGGCAUGAAUGACCUCUGGUCUUACUCCCGGCGGACCACACAACAGUUCACGGUAACACAGGAUCUUUCCGCGGGCUUUCAUGCGUCGGAGCCAAACCCGGCGAUCGACGUUCCGGCCGGCUGCCGGAUUAUCUUGUGUGGUGCCAUCUCAAUUUGGUCUCCAGAGAAAAGGAACCGUCGGCAUUCCUGGCGGUAUUCAAUGCCUUUAGUGGCACCUUGUUAGUGUCAAUCACCGCGUGCACAAGGAGCAAACAAUUAUGGAGAGGCAUCGAAGUGGAAGGAGAGCAGAUCCUGCGGUGCACGUGCGGCAUUCUUUUCUGGUACGAGUAGUCGCAUGAGCAUCUUGAUGUUGUCAUCUGCCCCCCGUGGGGACAUAGACGUCGCGACGAGAUAAGGAGUAGAUAUAGAGAGAUAGUGUCCGGGGACUUGCAAAAGAUCGCGACUGCUUGUUUUGCCUAGAAAUCGCUUACGACAUGUUGAUCCUUGCCAGCAUGCAACAAAUAUCAUGCCAGCCCGGGAUCACAUACCGAGGCAUUUACGGAUACGAGUACCAGGCCUAAAGCUUACCUAUGGUAUGACUUCAAAUACGUCCUGAAUACGAACAAGUGGAUGACGUCGGGUCUCACGCCUUGGAUAACCUUCAGGCAGAAGAGGCAAUAUCUCGUGCGGUAACCGUAAGUCGUACUUGAAAUGGGGGUUUGUCAUGGAUCCGGAGAAGCCGGCAUAACGUACGGAGUACGAAGAGACGAGGAGACAAUCAGCCAUGACAACGGAGCCUAGUCAGGUACGUAGAGAAGCAUGACUUUACAGGAUCAGACUGCCAUCACAUAGAACAAGAGGUGGUAAGGACUUCGAGUAGCAUGAUGGGAACAUGUGUCACAUGGUAUGAACUCCGUGUGUCGCUGUCAGUACAUCAGCAAGCCUCUGGGGGGGCUUAUAGAGUCGGAGUAUUUAUUUCGUCUCAUCUGUAGUACGCCAUACGGCAUACGAAGGAUGAGUGAGAUUUUGCACAGUGUUUGGCUUACAAUAGGUAGUAGGUAGUAGGUACGAGUUGUAAGAGGCGAGUCUCGUCAAUCGAGAGAGAUAAUAAUCAGAAUCAUC